AUGUUGACUCACUUUGUCACCCCUCGGUGGCUCCCUCUCUCUCUCUCUCUCUCUCCCUCUCUUUCUCUCUCUCUCUCUCUAUUCCAUCGCUUGGAGGACAAGAGUGCCCGCAGACGCAUUUCUCUCCAGAGCCCCCCACCACCACCACCACCACCCUCCCUCUCUCUCCCUCUUUCACUCUCUCUCACCCUGUCUAACUCUCUCCAUCUCUCUCUCCUACUCUCUCCUUUACACACACACAGUGUUGUCAACAAAGCUGGAGAACAAGGGACGUGAGGGGAACAGGGGAAUAAAGGUCCACAGAAGAGGAGAGUAACACACAGGACCCCCGCAUCAUUUCACCCAGACAUUUGGUAAGUUUGCAAAAAUUGCGAAGGAGAGAGGAGCCAAAGGUGACGGGUAAACAGGGGCAGACACGCACAGGAACGGGACUCCUUUAUUUCUCUUCAUGGUGUUUUGGACUCUCGUAGUAUGUAUGAGAAGUUAACCAUGCUAAACCUGCAGAGCGGCUCAAACUGGAGCGGGCCCAACAACUGGUACCAUGACCCGACCGGAGUUCAGACGCAACACAGCACAGUGUCUGAGGGCUGUCUCCUGGACACGGAGGGCAGCAUGGGGGGAGAGGCAGGAGGGGGAGGAGGAGGAGCGGGCCGAGGGGGAGGAGUCCCCGUGGAGCGGGACGAGGGCGAGGAGUCUCAGCUGAGGCUGCAGCUCAAGAGGAAGCUGCAGAGGAACAGGACCAGCUUCACGCAGGAGCAGAUCGAGGCUCUGGAGAAAGAGUUUGAAAGGACACAUUACCCAGAUGUCUUUGCGAGGGAGAGAUUGGCGAACAAGAUCGAUUUGCCAGAGGCCAGGAUACAGGUGUGGUUCUCAAACCGAAGAGCCAAGUGGAGGAGGGAGGAGAAGCUGCGCAAUCAAAGGAGGUCAGGGGGUGUGACUUCCUGUUCACAAAGCCAAGCUCCUCUGACAACUUCCUUUAACACAUCUGUCUAUCAUCAGCAGCAUGGCAGCAGUUCAGGGUCCAUGUUGAGUCAGGCUGAGUCGUCCCUGCCCAGCUACAGCUCCCUGUCAGUCUUCUCAUCUGGAGUCCAGUCUAUUCCUCCACAGUCGGCCUCCUCCUACUCCUGCAUGUUACCUCCGUCCCCCUCUGCCCCGCGCAGCUUUGACUCAUCGGCGUACUCCUCUCCUCAUCUGCAGACUCCACCCUCAGCCAACUCCAACACCGGGCUCAUAUCGCCUGGUGUGUCAGUGCCGGUCCAGGUCCCAGGAACUGAGCAGCAGAGCAUGAGUCAGAACCUGGGUCAGUACUGGGCCCGAUUACAGUGAGCGACAAGACAGUCACUUCCAACAGGCAUAACAAAAGAAGAAGGAAAAAAAGGGCAUGUAUAAAAAAAAGUGUCAAGAAAACAAUAUGGGGGACACACAGGUUUUAAGGAAGUACAGGUCUGAGCUAAGGAGGGGACUCGAUGAGUUGCAGACCGCGAAAUGCAUUAAAUGUUUACAAAUCCAGCCAAGAGCAGCUUUGGUUGCACUUGACAGUACUCUGGUCAUACUGGUAUUUGCUUAGUAUUAUCAUGUUGCACUCUUUUAUUUAUUUUUUUUUUUAAAUAGUGUGUUGAUGAUAGGGCUGAGGUACAGAUUAGAAAUAGGCUGUGUUUAGAAUUAAAACAGAGUCAGGAUUAGGGUCUGGCAAAAUACAGGGUUUAGGUUAGGUAGUGCAACAAGUGAGAUUUAGUGCAAUUUGAGAAUCAGUGUUGAACCCUGCAAAUGUUUUGCCAUAUUUUAUUGUGUCAAACAUUUUGACUUUUUCAAAACACAAAGAAAAACCCAGGGAAAAAGACAGGAAAUCUGCCUAAACCUGUAAAUGCACAGUGGAUGAAAGUUAAGAAAAGCCAGUGGACAUUUGAGCUCAGAUCAUUUUGUUAUGUUUUAACAAGAGAAAUAGGUUCAGACCCGACGAGUACUCAGCCCAUAAAACCUAAACAUCUCCAAAGUUUAUUUUAAAGGGAAAUGUAGCCUUGAAAUGUUCAAAUAUAAAAAGUGGCAAAUGGCAAGGUUUUGACUAUAAUUCUAUCAUACAGAAGUGAUUCAGUGGUACUAAGUAAAUUCCAGCAGAUGUCUGUAUUGUGAGGUGUAACCACAGUUUCUUGUUACUUGAGCAGCUCAAUGAUAUUGUGAUAGCUAGCUUGUUCCCUCAGCAUAAGCUGUGUGAGGCUACUGUGAAGAUUUUAGACUUGCUUAUGGCAAUCACUUUUACUAAAACUUAAAAACUUAACAUAAAAAAGUGUAAAUCCUGCCUAUCCUGCCAGCAAACUUACACUGAGACUGAAACUGCAUAUUUUUGUACAGACAUCCGUGUAUGAUGAAGAUAACUGUGGAAUAUUGUCAGAUGUUAUUGGAGGGAAGAAUGUAGCACGUUGUGGACUCUAAUCAUCCUCAAAGCACACGUUUCAUUUCUCAGAAUAAAUUAAUAGGGAUACACCAUAUCAAUACUGGUAUCAGAUGUUAUUUGAUGCUAGACUAGACAUAAAAAUAUUACAGAUUAUAUACAGGUAUUACAGAUUUUUUGCCAAAAACUACACUGAAGCAGUUAAAAUUUUCUCUAUUUCAUAAAUAUGAGGAUGACAGUUUUUUAUCUAAUGUGUCAAAAAACAAAAGUGAUUCAAUUAGAGUCAUUUUGACCUAUCAUCAAUCAUACCAGUAUUAGCAGUGAUUUUGUAUAUCAUUAAUGAAACAUGUCCAUCAGCCGGUGACAAUCAAGCAUCAUAAAUGCACCAAACCACCAAAAAAGACUUGAGAGACUGACAAUCAAAGCUGGAGGUAGAGGAGAUCAAAAUGAAAAAAAAACAAAAAAACAAACAAACUGUGAAAUUAUUGCAACACUGUCAAUACAAUAGCAAUCAACUGUGCAUGACCAAAAUAAGCCGCUAUAGACAAUCAACUACUUGCAGAAAUGAAUCAAGUAUUGUACAAAAACUGUUACUGUACUUUGCAGGGUUUUAACCUCUGCUCACUUUCCUCUGACUAUUGGUUUUGUUGAUGCAUCUCAGUUUGAUCUCAAAUGAAAUGUCUUUCAACUCUUAUUUAUUUGUCUUUUCACUCGUUCACAUAAGUCCUCUGUGUUGUUUCUGUUGUUGUUGAGUGUUGUGUUAGUACUGUAUAGCUACCAAGAGUCAACCCUUUUGUGAAGGCCUUGGAUCCCUUUAAUGAAAAUAAA